UCUCUGUGGAUGGGAUCCUCACCACCACCGGCUACACCCAGGAAGACUACACCAUGCUGGGCUCGGACGACUUUUUCUACAUUGGGGGGAGCCCCAAUACGGCCGACCUGCCCGGGUCCCCCGUCAGCAACAAUUUCAUGGGAUGUCUCAAGGAUGUGAGUCGUGGGGUGGGGUUGGGACUGGUGGGUUGGGGUGGCUCAGGGUUGGAGGGUUAAUCCCCAUUGAGCGUAUGUAGAUUAUGAGCCUCCUUGCUGGGAACUGACACAAGCUGCCUUUCCAUCUUGGGGACCCUCAGAGAGGAUGUGGUGGGGACCUUGGGAAGAGGGGGAAAGGAUUGAAGGGCUCUGUGUGUCCCUUGGUCUCUUACACAGGUGCAAAGUUGAUGGUGUAGAACAGAAGGGAGCCUUUGGCCCUUUAACAUUGGUGGACUCCAGCUCCUAGCAGCAGCAGCAGCAUCCCUGGCCAUUGGCCACAUGGCCAGGACAGAUGGGAACUGGAAUCCAACAGCACCAGGACGACCCCUUUAGGUUUCCCACCACUGGCCUAUGGAACAGAGCAUCUCCUGGGGCUGCAAAUGAAAUACUGUGCAGUCACAUCUUACGCAUAUUUAACUUGGGUGAUUUCAAUCAUCCUCAGUGUGUGUACUCAGGGCUUAUUCACAUUUACCUUUUGCCCCGCGCUUUCCAGGCACAGGUCCACGCUUUGAAGCUCCGUGUCCAAGUGCUCCUUAUUUAGCCUCAGAGCUUCCCCCACAAAACCUGCUCUUUAAAGCUGAAGCACAAUAAACAGCCAUUUGGGUUUUCCAUGGAUUGCCAUUUGCUCUGAUGCAAUGGUAAAGAGCAGAUUUGUGCAGGGAAAGCUCCAGAGGAAUAAUUUUAAAAAGGGCGCUCAAACAUGGAGUCUAGACUUGUGUCUGGAAAGCACGGAGGAAAGGUAAGUGUGGACCAACCCUCAUAUUCUCAGUGGAGAGGGUCUUCCUUCUCUUCAGAAACUGUGGGAUUGCAUUAUGGCUUCACUCACUCCACAAGAAGCUCAUGGUAGCAGACAGAAUCCUCUCUCCCCACUUCUGUGUACACACCAACCCUGUGAGGUAGCUUAGGCUGAGAGGAAGAAUCACCGGCCCAAGGUAAAACCCAGUGCUUUGUGUCUGCAUGGGGACCUGAGCCCCGCUGGGUUUUCCCCAGUCUGACCCUGCACCAAGGGUCAAAGUGAUCCUCUGAUCAACCCUUCUGAGAGCAGGGGGAGGAAAACUACAGCCCUCUAGGUUGCCAUCAGCUGUUCUUCAUUGUUCUAAAGUAUGUGUGACCAUUCAUUGUUAAAUUCCCCAUUGUUUAACAUUAGGGUUAAAAAAAAUAUUCAUGGUCAAAUUUGAGGGGCACACAAAGAACCUUUGGCAUUACGGAACCACAGGACUCCACAGGUCAUGUCAAACAAAUCCACAGGCAACAUUCCCUGGUUGCUCCCCAUCUUCCUUCCCUCCUCACCUCUCUCUGUCAAAUCCCAAGAUGGUGGAGAGCUGGCUCACGUCAAGGUGUGACGAAGCUUACCGUGUCCUGUUGACCCUGCCUGCUUCUCCGAUCCCUUUGCAGGUUGUCUAUAAGAACAAUGACUUCAAGCUGGAACUGUCUCGCUUGGCCAAGGAAGGGGACCCCAAGAUGAAGAUCAAUGGGGACCUGGUCUUCCGCUGCGAGAAUGUGGCGGCCCUCGACCCGGUCACCUUUGAGUCCCCCGAGGCCUACAUCUCACUGCCCAAGUGGAACACCAAGAAGACGGGCUCCAUCUCCUUUGACUUCCGCACCACAGAGCCAAACGGGCUGCUGCUCUUCAGCCACGGCCGGCUGCAGCCGCCCAAGGAGGGCCGCUCCGAGCGCCUGCACAAGGCUGACUACUUUGCCAUGGAGCUCCUCGACGGCUACCUCUACCUGCUGCUGGACAUGGGCUCUGGGGGCAUCAAGAUGCGGGCCAGCAGCAAGAAGGUGAAUGACGGCGAGUGGUGCCAUGUGGACUUCCAGCGCGACGGGCGCAAGGG